AUGUUGCUCUGAUUCCAGCGCGGUGGAAAAACUUUCUGAGAGAUGGAGCGGUCGCCGAGGCGCUGAGUUCUGCACUUUUAUUCGGGAUUUUCGCCACGUAAAGGAGGUUUAGUUGGAAAGAAAUUAGCUGUUUUCCACUUUUGUGCGGAUUUAAACUUUGGAGGCUCGGUUUUUGUAAACUUUCGAAGAGUUUAGUGUCGGAGAGAUGCCGCAGCCCGCUCGCGCUGUGAGCUCCGUGCUGCUCCUGCUCCUCCUCAGCGGAUUUACAGCCGUUACCGGAGACUCACGCCGAACGGAACAUGAGCCGUGUCCGUCGGUGUGCUCGUGUACUGGGAAUCUGGCGGACUGUAGCAGAUUAAAGGCCGGUCGGACGGUGGAGCGGCUGCCCGCGAGGAUCACGCGUCUG